AUGGCUCAAACCCAAGAACACUCCGUUUGGCGCCUUGGCAAGAUUGGUGGAGGUCCCACUGCUCUCAAGCUACACCGCGAGCCUGUACCCACUCCGGGACCUGGACAGUAUCUUGUUCGCAUCCACGCCGUCUCCCUCAACUAUCGCGACAUCUCGUAUGCCAAUGGGACCUACCCUGGCUCCAACCUGAAGGCUGGGCUUGUACUCUGUGCGGAUAUGGCGGGCGAAAUUAUCCGCGCUGGCGAGAACGCUACCAAAUUCCAACCGGGAGACAGAGUCACGUCUCUGUUUGAUCAAUCAUUUCUCUACGGGACAGCGGAUCCUACUCGUUCUCAGGUCCUUGGAGGUCCUCUCGACGGGUGCUUGCAAGAGCACCGGGUCUUCAACGAGAUCACACUCUUGCGCGCUCCAGACUAUCUCACUUACGACGAGCUCUCGACAUUCCCUAUCGCCGCUGUGACGGCCUGGAACGCGCUCUACGGCCUCAAACCUCUCAUACCCGGCCAAACUGUACUUCUCCAGGGCACAGGCGGCACAUCCAUCUUCGGUCUGCUCAUCGCCAAAGCUGCCGGCGCGCGCACAAUCAUCACAUCAUCCUCGGACGCGAAGCUUGAACUCGCGAAGAAGCUCGGCGCGACGCAUAUUAUCAACUACAAGCAGACGCCGGACUGGGAGGCUAAGGUCCAGGAGCUUACGAACGGAGUCGGCGCGCAUCAUAUUCUCGAUACUGUGGGCAUCAACGAGAUUGAGAAGUGCUUCAACUCCGUUGCCGCUGGUGGUAUCAUCUCGAGCGUCGGCGUAUUGGGUGGAACCGCUAAGGCCACACCGAAUGUACCGCUGCUUUCAAUUUUCAAGCAGGCCAUCCUGCGUGGUAUCUUUGUCGGCUCAAAGGAGCAGUUCGAAGAGUUACUGCGUUUCGCGGAGUUCCACGAGAUUCACCCGCAUAUCGAUCGCGUCUUCGCGUUUGAACAGGCCGUCGAGGCGCUUCAGUACCUUGAGAGCGCUCAGCACUUUGGUAAGGUAGUGAUUCGCGUAGCACCUGAGUGA